CGUUUCAUAACCACUUUAUUCUGUUCUUUUUCUUCGCCUUCUAUUUAUUUAGCCUCAAUCCUACCUUCCUCCUUGUACCAAAACUUCUCUGAUUCCAGCUCUUCAAUUCAUCUCCACGCUCAAAAAAGAUGAUCACAGCUGAUCAACAUAUUGCAACCCCUCCUAAUUUCGUUGUUAGCUGUUUCUGUUUCCUGCUUCUCCUUGGUUGUUUUUGUUCUUCUCAGAAGACUUGUCCCAACUGUGGUUCAAUGCAAGUUCCAUAUCCUUUGAGCACAAAGUCAACCUGUGGUGAUCCAAACUAUCAUCUUCGCUGCGAUUCCCAUUCUCAGAAACUUUAUUUUGAUGCCAUGAAUGGAAGUUCUUACCUUGUACUGAGGAUCAUGGCCUCAUUCCAGCGCAUGGUGGUGCAACCAUCACCAUGGGUGUCGGCGUCUAGCGCAUGUGUUACUCAAGACAUGGUGGUGAGCGAGGGCCUGCGAUUAAACCAGACACUCCCUUUUAAUCUCACUUUCUCUAACACUAUCUUUCUUUACAACUGUUCACCUCGGCUCUUACUCACUCCUCUCAAUUGCACUCCUUCUAGUCUCUGUCAUCGCUACUUGGAGAGCUCAGGACACGUUGACAAAAACCGAGCGCUUAAGUGUGCCGGAAGUCCUGAUCUCAGACCCUGCUGCACCUUUGUUGCAGGCGGAAUGCCCUCAGCAUACAGGAUUCGGCUUCACAAUUCAGGUUGUAAAGCCUUUAGAAGCAUCCUAAGUUUGGAUCCUGAAAAGCCUGCUAGUCAAUGGGAAGAGGGAGUAGAAAUUCAAUGGGCUUCUCCGCCAGAACCUAUCUGUAACUCCAAGCUUGAUUGUUCUGGACCCUCAAAGUGUUUACCUGCUGGAAGGAGUGGCCUCUCUCGCUGCCUUUGUAACAGGGGCUAUUACUGGGACCAUGUUCGUGGAACUUGCUUCAGAAACAAGCAUAAAUCGAAAGCUGCAGGCCUCCUGGGUUUAGAGGUUUCAAUAGGGGUAAUCUGCUUUAUCUCUUUUGGAACAAUAAUAGUUUUAAUUACUGUACGCAAGUCCUCAAAACGUUUUAAUCAAGCAAAGUUAGACAAGGCAAGAGAAGACAUGUUAAAAUCAAGUGAUAGUGGGAAAAAUGCUAGGAUGUUCCAGUUGAAAGACGUGAAGAAAGCAACAAAUGGUUUCUCGCAAGAUAGGAUUUUGGGGAGUGGUGGAUUUGGACAGGUCUAUAAAGGUGAGCUUCAAGAUGGAACUGUGGUGGCUGUUAAGUCAGCUAAAGUCGGAAACCUCAAAAGCACCCAACAAAUACUCAAUGAAGUUGGAAUACUUUCACAAGUCAAUCACAAGAACUUGGUUAGACUCUUGGGUUGCUGUGUGGAAGGUGAGCAACCUUUGAUGAUCUAUGAAUACAUUUCUAAGGGGACUCUCUAUGAUCAUUUACAUGGAAAUUGCUCCAGUACCUUUCUGGGUUGGAGAGAGAGGUUGAGAAUUGCUUGGCAAACUGCUGAAGCGUUGGCCUAUUUGCAUUCCGGGACCUACACUCCCAUCUAUCACAGAGAUGUCAAGUCAACAAAUAUACUACUAGAUGACGAAUUCAACGCUAAAGUCUCAGAUUUUGGGCUCUCUAGACUGGCUCGUCCAGGGCUGAGCCAUGUUUCGACUUGUGCUCAAGGAACAUUAGGUUACUUGGAUCCUGAGUACUAUCGAAACUACCAGUUAACUGACAAAAGUGAUGUUUAUAGUUAUGGGGUUGUGCUGUUAGAGCUUCUCACUUCUCAAAAGCCCAUCGACUUCUCACGAGAUCAAGAUGAUGUAAACCUAGCUCUCUAUGUGAGCCAAGCAGCCAAAAAUGGUGCAGUCAUGGAGGUUGUCGAUCAACGGCUAAUUGGCACGGAGCCAUCAAGUAAUGUACUGAACAGUGUACAACUCUUCUCAGAGCUCGCCUUUGACUGUCUAAGGGAGAAGAAAGCAGACAGGCCUAGCAUGAGAGAGGUUGUUCAAAAACUUGAACGCAUGGUAAAAAUAGAGCUAGAGGAAAUUGGUCAAGGUUCUGAAUUAUGAGGAUUGAAUUGGGAUUAAUGCAUGCCUUUCAGGGUAAUUGACUAUGAGAAUAUGCUGCUAUUGUUGCAUAUAUUGGUCUUUGAAUAUUCUAUAUAGUAAAGAAAAAGGUGUGGAUAUGAUCAGGAGGUGGUCGAAAUGAUGGUAAGAGAAUGACACCAAUCAAAUUGAUUCCAAGGAUGAAUCUGAGCGGGUGGAAAGACAUGAAGGGAAAUAAAAUACACUGAGGGAUCGGAUGCUUGCUUUGUGUAAAAAGCAUGAAAUGAUCCAGAAGACAAGGUCUUCCAGAUAUGUGCAAGCUAAUUGGAAUCUGUAGGAAUUUAGCAGCUAGGAGAAAAAAGCAGCCAUCUCCUUUUCAAAUGGGAAAUCAUUACUUGCAAUAAAACUUCACUAGUUAG